AUGGCUAACCCAAGAGGGGAAUGCAAGGCCAUCACACUAAGAAGUGGAAAGGUAGUGGUGGAGGCUUCCUCAAACCACAACUUGCAAGAAAAAGAAGCUGUAAAUGACUCAGAGACCAAGAAAGAAGAAGAGACACCUGAUAUAGCUCCACCAAAGCAAGUUUUAAAGCCCUAUGUAACAAAAGCACCCUACCCACAAAGGCUGAGAAAAGAUGGGAAGGACAACCAGUUUUCUAGGUUCUUAGAGAUCUGGGAUAUCAACAUUGAGAAAGCAUUAUGUGAUCUGGGAGCUAGCAUCAACCUUAUGUCCUUAGCCAUGAUGAAAAGAAUGAGAAUUGAAGAAGCCAAACCAACAAGAAUGACACUUCAAUUAGCUGAUAGAACAUUCAAGUUUUCACAUGGAAUGGUGGAGGACUUGUUGGUCAAGGUAGGGGAGUUCAUCUUCCCAGUUGAUUUUGUUGUACUUGAUAUGGAGGAAGAGGCUAACAUAUCAAUCAUACUAGGAAGACCAUUCCUAGCUACAACUGGAGCUAUAAUUGAUGUACAAAAGGGAUAG